CUCUCACACCUAUAUAUAUAGAUGCUAAGAUCGAAGAUAUAUUUAUAUUCAUACAGGUUUAGAGAGAGAAAAUCAAACACCAUUUUUGUCCUCGAGCUCGUCGUCUCUCUUCAUCCAUCGAUCUCUCUCAAAUCUGUCGAAAAAUGUCGUCCCUCAGUAGGGAGUUGGUGUUUCUCAUCUUACAAUUUCUGGAUGAAGAAAAGUUCAAAGAGACAGUUCACAAGCUUGAGCAAGAAUCAGGGUUCUUUUUUAACAUGAAGUAUUUUGAGGAUGAAGUGAUAAAUGGUAAUUGGGACGAGGUCGAAAAAUACCUUUCCGGGUUCACGAAAGUCGACGAUAACCGGUAUUCGAUGAAGAUUUUCUUCGAGAUUAGGAAGCAAAAGUAUCUCGAAGCCUUGGAUAAGCAUGAUCGAUCGAAAGCCGUCGAAAUUCUUGUGAAAGAUCUUAAAGUGUUUGCAUCUUUUAAUGAGGAGCUUUUUAAAGAGAUCACACAGUUGCUGACGUUAGAGAAUUUCAGGGAAAACGAACAAUUAUCGAAGUACGGAGAUACGAAAUCCGCGCGAACUAUCAUGCUAGUCGAGUUGAAGAAGCUUAUCGAGGCGAAUCCUUUGUUUCGAGAUAAACUUCAGUUCCCGAAUCUCAAGAAUUCGAGACUCCGAACACUCAUCAACCAAAGCCUAAACUGGCAGCACCAACUUUGUAAAAAUCCUAGGCCAAAUCCCGACAUCAAAACUCUGUUCGUCGAUCAUUCUUGUGGGCAGUCGAACGGCGCUCGUGCGCCGUCGCCCGCAGGAAAUCCCCUGCUCGGAGGAGCUGUACCGAAGCCCGGUGGAUUCCCUCCAUUGGGCGCCCACGUGCCGUUCCAGCCAGCUCCAGCUCCCGUUCCGACGCCACUUGCCGGAUGGAUGUCUAAUCCACCCGCCGGGACUCAUCCCGUCGUCUCCGGCGGACCGAUCGGUCUUGGUGCUCCACCGAUCCCAGCUGCCCUAAAGCAUCCGAGGACGCCACCGAUGAACCCUUCGGUUGAUUUUCCAUCGGGAGAUUCCGAGCACGGUAGCAAAAGAACGAGGCCGUUGGGAAUUUCGGACGAGGUAAGUCUUCCGGUGAACGUUCUUCCCGUGUCAUUUCCCGGGUAUGCGCAAAGUCAGGCUUUCAAUGCAAUGGAAGAACUUCCGAAGACGGUUGCGCGGACUUUGAAUCAAGGAACGUCGCCUAUGAGCAUGGAUUUUCAUCCCAACUCGCAGACCCUUCUUCUAGUCGGGACGAACGUUGGAGAUAUCGGAUUGUGGGAAAUCGGUUCGCGGGAGAGACUCGUACAGAGGAAUUUCAAAGUUUGGGAGCUUAACGCUUGUUCGAUGCCUCUACAGGCUGCUCUUGUUAAAGAUCCCGGCGUCUCGGUAAACCGCGUAGUUUGGAGCUCGGACGGUUCUUUAUUCGGUGUUGCAUACUCGAGGCAUCUCGUGCAGAUAUUUUCGUAUCACGGAAAAGACGAAGUUCGACAGCAUUUAGAGAUCGACGCGCAUGUCGGCGGGGUUAACGAUAUCGCGUUCUCACACCCGAACAAGCAGUUGUCGAUAAUAACGUGCGGGGAUGAUAAGCUUAUCAAGGUUUGGGAUGCGUCGACGGGCGCCAAGCAGUACACUUUCGAAGGCCACGAGGCGCCUGUAUAUUCAGUGUGUCCUCACCACAAAGAGAACAUUCAGUUCAUCUUUUCUACGGCAUUGGAUGGAAAGAUCAAGGCUUGGCUGUACGAUAAUAUCGGAUCCCGAGUUGACUACGAUGCCCCGGGGCGGUGGUGCACGACCAUGGCCUACAGCGCCGACGGCACGAGGCUUUUCUCUUGCGGAACUAGCAAAGACGGGGAAUCGCACAUCGUCGAGUGGAACGAGAGCGAAGGGGCUGUGAAGAGAACGUACCAAGGCUUCCGGAAACGAUCGUUAGGGGUCGUACAGUUCGACACUUCUAGAAACCGGUUCUUGGCCGCAGGCGACGAGUUUUCGAUCAAAUUCUGGGAUAUGGACAACAUUCAGCUUCUGACAAGCACUGACGCCGACGGAGGUCUUCCCGCGAGCCCGCGUAUCCGUUUCAACAAAGACGGGACCCUUUUGGCCGUCUCGACCAACGAUAACGGGAUCAAAAUAUUAGCAAACGCCGACGGUCUUCGGUUGCUUCGUACGGUUGAGAAUCUCCCUUUCGAUGCUUCAAGAGCGGUCGAAGCUGCAAAGCCGACAAUAAAUCCGAUAUCCGUGGCAAGUAGUGCGGGAUUACCCGACAGGACAGUUUCUGUCGCGGGUAUCUCUUCCAUGAAUGGGGAUUCGAGGAAUCUUGUUGAUAUAAAGCCUCGGAUAACGGAAGAAUCUAACGACAAAUCGAAGAUUUGGAAGCUCAGCGAAAUUAACGAACCGUCUCAGUGUCGAUCCUUGAAGCUACCGGAGAAUUUAAGAGUCACGAAGAUAUCGAGAUUGAUUUACACGAAUUCGGGCAAUGCGAUACUAGCGUUGGCUUCGAAUGCUAUCCAUUUGCUAUGGAAAUGGCAGCGAAACGAGCGGAAUUCGAGUGGAAAGGCGACGGCUAGCGUUUCGCCUCAACUAUGGCAACCGUCGAGCGGCAUUCUUAUGAAGAACGACGUGAUGGACACGAACCCUGAGGAGGCCGUCCCUUGCUUCGCUCUGUCGAAGAACGACUCUUAUGUUAUGUCCGCGUCGGGAGGAAAGAUCUCUUUGUUCAACAUGAUGACAUUUAAGACGAUGACGACAUUCAUGCCCCCGCCGCCGGCAGCGACGUUCCUAGCAUUCCAUCCUCAAGACAACAACAUAAUUGCGAUCGGCAUGGACGAUUCGUCGAUCCAAAUUUACAACGUUCGAGUAGACGAGGUCAAAAGCAAGCUCAAAGGCCACACCAAAAGAAUCACGGGCCUUGCAUUCUCGAACGUCCUCAACGUGCUCAUCUCGUCCGGCGGCGACGCUCAGCUCUGUGUUUGGAACUCGGACGGCUGGGAAAAGCAGCGGUCGAGGUUUUUGCAGAUUCCUUCCGGGAAAUCUCCGGCAGCUCAGUCCGACACGCGCGUGCAGUUUCAUCAAGACCAGAUGCAUUUUCUGGUCGUGCACGAGACGCAGCUUGCGAUUUUCGAAACCACGAAGUUAGAAUGCGUAAAGCAGUGGGGACCGCGCGAGUCUUCAGCCCCGAUAUCGCACGCGACGUUCUCCUGCGAUAGCCAGAUGGUAUACGCAAGUUUCCUCGACGGGACGGUGUGCGUGUUCACCGCCUCGCAGCUACGUCUCCGUUGCCGUAUCAAUCCCUCGGCUUAUCUCCUUUCGAGUGUCAGCAAUGCGAAUGUGCAUCCGCUGGUGAUCGCGGCGCACCCACAAGAACCGAACCAGUUCGCGGUAGGUCUAUCCGACGGGUUGGUUCAUAUCUUCGAGCCUCUCGAAUCCGAGGGCAAAUGGGGCGCGCCACCGCCCGUCGAAAACGGGACGGUAAGCAGCGUACCAACGACUCCGCUAGUCGGAAGUUCUGCCACAGAUCAGGCGCAACGAUGAUCGAUCGACUGAUUAUAGCUAAGAUCAUCUCUAGAAACUACUGUAAUGUCAAUUUAACCUAAUGGAAUUCUUUCGUACUCGAUCUCUAGACCGUACGCCAAUUGGCUUUCGCUUUCGAAACUAGUCUGGAUAUCUACCUACGGUGUUCUUCCGA